AUGGAUAUCAAGAAAGACGGUGUUACGCAUGUCGACGAUGUGGACAACGACUUUCAACAAGCAAAGGUAGCUGUCCAGCUGUCUGAGGAGGCUGUACACAUCAAACAGAGUCCUUGGUCGUCGAACAUGUUGAAGUUAUAUGGAUGUUUGACCAUCGCAUAUCUCUGUGGCUGCUUGAAUGGAUAUGAUGGUAGCUUGAUGGGAGGGCUGAAUGCCAUGGAUACUUACCUUGACUACUUCCACAUGUGA